AAUUACGGAAAAAUUAUUUCCUAACGUUCUAUAUCUAUAUAGGGCUCUAAGGGAUUUUCCGGUGUUUGGCUAGGCCGAGGCGCAAUCGUGAUUUAUCUUUACGGAAGAUACUAGUCGUUGUAGAUCAGGGCCCGGGCUCCAAGGCACAUGGCGCCCCGUGGCCAAGACAUUUCAGCAGCAUCGCUAAGCGACUUUGAGGUCGGUGUAACUCUUGGCACCGGCUCCUUCGGGCGUGUACGAUUUGCCACUCACAAGGUAGUUUGAGCACGUUAACUACGACGUGAGAUUGAAAUAGGAUACAACAACUCCAUGGGCUGUAAAAGUUCUGAAGAAGAGCGAACUGGUUCGCUUACAGCAGGUCAAGUCGCUUACUAUCUGCUAUUCAUAUCAGUUAUACAUGCAUGCAGGUGGAGCAUGUCAUUUCGGAGAAAACAAUUCUCGAUCAAUGCAAGCACCCAUUUAUUGUGCAUCUCGCUUGCACAUUUCAAGGUGAAUUUAACUAUUUUGGGAAGUUGAUUGAUCUAAUAAUUAUUCACAGAUAAGUGGUACUUGUAUAUGGUGCUUGAGUAUGUCGUCGGAGGGGAAUUCUUUACUCACCUCCGUAACGCUGGACGUCUUGACAUAAUUUCUACAAAGUUCUACUCUGCUCAAGUCACGCUUAUCUUUGAGUAUCUGCAUGCUCGCGAUUUCAUUUACCGGGAUCUUAAGCCGGAAAAUCUCCUGCUUGACAAGGACGGUUAUGUGAAGAUUACAGACUUUGGUUUCGCCAAGAGAGUCAUAUAUAAGACGCUAGAGCCCGUGUAGUUUGAAGCGCAUUAUGUCUCCAAUUUUCUCUUGUAAAACUUUGAUGCAGGUAUACUCUUUGUGGAACCCCCGAAUACAUUGCGCCAGAAGUUCUACUGAAUAAAGGGCAUGGCAGGGGUGUCGAUUGGUGGACGCUGGGGAUUUUAGUGUACGAAAUGAUGGUAGGGCAGCCCCCUUUUAUUGACGAAGAUCCAAUGGGCAUAUAUCAGCAAAUUCUAAUUGGAAAAGUGAGCUUUCCGCGCUUCAUUGAACGCAACGCUAGGUCUUUGAUCAAAAAGUUGCUGGUUGCAGAUUUAACGAAGCGCUACGGCUGUCUCAAAGGGGGCGCGUUGGAUGUCAAUAAGCAUAGAUUUUUCCAAGGCGUAACUUUCAAUGACAUACUCGCAAAGAAGGCCACUGGACCUGUUAUUCCCCUCGUCAAGGAUCAAUUUGAUACUUCCAAUUAUGAAGCUUACCCUGACUCUAUUGAAGAGGCACCAAUCUCUGUUUGCACCAGCGGCGCCGAUUUGUUUGCAUCCUUCUAGCACUGGCAUGGAACUACUUACUGAUCAAAGUUUUGGUUCUUUUACACUAAGUAUGUGCUGAGGAUGACCACAUCGUGCUUGAGUCCCUAAGGCUCAGGGAGGACCCAGGUACUAGAAGUACACUAGUUUGUCCCUCCCAGGCCCAAAGCUCUCAGGUUGACAAUGGCCCGGGGGUCAUGGUCACAUGGCGGUCACAAAUACUCGCACGAAGACGCCCGCGAGCUAACGGGGAUGUGCACUUGCAACUGGGGCAGCCGCCUUGCAAGAGCGAGAAACGGAGCGAAAUGCUCUGAGUACUUUAAAAAUAGCAAUGUGGCUUCAGCAAACUGAAGGGCCCGGCUAGUAAUCGGGGGCUGUAGCGCCUCCCAAUCAAUAGUCUAAGGGGCCCGGGGAACUCAGGCUUACUGCGAAUCAUCCUUCGGGUGCCCGGGGUGCUU